AUGAACGGGGGAGCAGCACCAGACGAGCACACAGCGCUGCUGGGCAGUGGCGGUCGCAGUGCCAACGGCAGCCACUCGACGCGCGACUUCUUCUUCAACUCGCGGGUCACGCCGGGUCUCGAGAGCAAAAAGCCAUGGGUCAAGUAUCCCGCCCACGUGUGGCACAUCACAAAGAUGACCCUGCUGAGCAGCCCUGUCAACAUCCUCCUCGUUUGCGUGCCCAUUGGUAUCAUUGCCGGCCAGGGCGGCUGGGACCCGAUUGCCGUCUUCACCAUCAACUUCUUCGCCAUCAUUCCCCUGGCGGCUGUCCUGUCGUUUGCGACUGAAGAGAUCUCUGACAAGCUCGGCGAGUCGCUUGGUGGACUGCUCAACGCGACAUUCGGCAAUGCGGUUGAGCUGAUUGUGAGCAUCAUUGCGCUCCAGAACAACCAGCUCCAGGUUGUCAAGUCUUCCAUGAUCGGGUCGAUUCUUUCCAACAUCCUUCUUGUCAUGGGUAUGUGCUUCUUCUUCGGCGGCCUUGUCAACAUGCGCGACGGCAAUGGCGACGGCACAGAGCAGUCGUUUGCCUCUAUCACUGCGCAGACGACCUCGUCCCUGAUGACACUGUCGGCCGCCUCCAUGAUCUUGCCUGGCACUCUCUUCAUGAUCAUCAACCCUGCCGACGACGAAAAGUCAACUCGUCGAACCAUCCUCGCCCUGUCUCGUGGCACCGCAAUCAUCCUUCUCAUCCUUUACGUCAUGUACCUCUUCUUCCAGCUAAAGACGCACCACAACCUCUUCAGCCUCGAAUCCGCGACGACCCCACCUGACUCGCAGAACGCUUCCGACGAGGAGAGCAAGGACAAGGAGGAGCACAUGAGCCCCUGGUCGGCUGGUGUCGUUCUCAUUGUGACGACUGUCCUGGUCUCCAUCUGCGCGGACUACCUUGUCGACAGCAUCGACUCUCUAGUGGAGCGCGCUCACAUCAGCCGCAACUUUAUCGGUCUUAUUCUGAUUCCUAUUGUCGGCAAUGCGGCCGAGCACGUCACAGCUGUUGUCGUUGCCGUAAAGAACAAGAUGGACCUGGCCAUGGGAGUUGCGAUUGGCUCUAGCAUCCAGAUCGCCCUGUUUGUCACGCCGUUACUCGUCAUCCUCGGCUGGAUCAUGGACCGCGACAUGGACCUGCACUUUGAGACUUUCGAGACUGUCUCUUUCGCGCUGUCCGUGCUUGUCGUCAUCUACACCGUCAUGGAUGGAAAAUCAAACUACCUCGAGGGUGUUAUGUUGAUGGCGCUCUACAUCAUCAUUGCGCUCGCCUUCUUCGUAACCCCUAGCGAGGACUUCGACAACGAGAACGCUACUCUUCUCUCCCACGCCGUGCGCAGCAUCUUUGGGUCCUCUUAGACAUGGAUUGUAGUACUGAAAUGGGGGAGAAAAAGGUCGGAAUGAAUUAACAAGGGGCACACCGCGCGCUGCUACCGGGCGGGCAUGACAGAGUUGCCGAGGUUACAGGAGGACAGGGUUGAGAAGACCGGUCUUGCGCCAUUGAAGAGAUCCGCCCAGAGCCCGCUGAUGUCGAAGAACUUGUCACGACAGGCGAAUUCGGUUGUCAUCGUGGGGAAGCAUCGCAGUCACGCAGCCACAUUCACCAUCU